AUGUCAGGCUCCGGCAGGAAGGAAUUCGAUGUCAAGCACAUACUGCGGCUCCGCUGGAAGCUGUUCAACCACCCACCGUCCAGCUCAGGCGGGACCGGGGGCUGUCUCCAGCAGCAGCAGCAGGAGGAGGACAGCUUCGAACACUGGGGGAGCAGCCAGAACAGGCUGAAGAAUCACAGUCACGACAGGGCGAGCCCCUGGAAAAAAAGCAGCGCCCUCAAUGGCAUCCUGGCUCCAGGACACAGCAGAGGUGGCACCUCGGAAUGCCAGCCACAGCAACGCACUGUCUUCUAUGUGGAAACGCUGGAAGAAGUGCCCAGGUUGGAGUUUACCAGGGAGAGCCCGACAACGUUGGAGGAGGUGAAGAAGGAAUUACUGACCACUGACUGUUGCGACGGGACCGGUGACGGAUGCCUGCACAGGCUGACAGUGACUAGCCAUCCCCUGAUGCCACACAGUGAUUUGGAAGCAGGCAGCUCCGAGGAGCUCUUCCAGGCUGUGAACCAUGCAGAGCAAACCUUUUGUAAGAUGGAGAUCUAUCUGAAGCAGCAGCAGCUGUGUGAUGUCAUCCUGAUUGCUGGGAACCGAAAGAUACCUGCUCAUAGACUUGUUCUUAGUGCUGUCUCAGACUACUUUGCUGCUAUGUUUACCAGUGAUGUUUGUGAAGCUAAACAAGAGGAAAUCAAAAUGGAGGGCAUAGACCCUGGUGCACUCUGGGAUCUUGUUCAAUUUGCUUACACAGGCUGCCUUGAGUUAAAGGAAGAGACAAUUGAGAAUCUCUUAGCAGCUGCCUGCCUGCUCCAGCUCUCCCAAGUGGUGGAGGUGUGCUGCCAUUUCCUAAUGAAGCUGCUCCAUCCAUCAAACUGCUUGGGUAUCCGUGCAUUUGCUGAUGCUCAGGGCUGCACUGAAUUAAUGAAGGUGGCUCACAGCUAUACUAUGGAACACAUUAUGGAGGUGAUUAGGAAUCAGGAAUUUCUGCUACUUCCUGCAGACGAUAUCCUUAAGCUUAUUGUAAGUGAUGACGUGAAUGUUCCAGAUGAAGAGACAAUAUUCCAUGCCCUGAUGCUAUGGGUGAAAUAUGACAUGCAAAGAAGAUGUAGAGACCUCGGCAGACUGCUUGCUUAUAUCAGAUUACCUCUGCUACCACCACAGCUUUUGGCAGACCUUGAAAAUAAUGCUCUCUUUAAGGAUGACCUGGAAUGCCAAAAACUUAUUCUUGAAGCCAUGAAAUACCAUCUGUUACCAGAGAGACGACCUUUAAUGCAGAGCCCAAGGACUAGGCCUCGAAAGUCAACGGUUGGAGCCCUUUAUGCAGUUGGGGGGAUGGAUGCCAAUAAAGGUGCCACUACAAUAGAAAAAUAUGACCUGAGAACAAAUACUUGGACCCAAGCCGGAGUGAUGAAUGGCAGGCGGCUGCAAUUUGGCCUGGCUGUCAUUGAUGAUAAACUUUAUGUGGUUGGAGGCAGAGAUGGCCUGAAAACUUUAAAUACUGUGGAAUGUUACAACCCGAAAACAAAGACCUGGACCAUUUUGCCUCCUAUGUCAACUCACAGACAUGGUCUCGGAGUUGCUGUACUGGAAGGACCCAUGUACGCAGUAGGUGGCCAUGAUGGCUGGAGUUACCUAAACACAGUAGAGAGAUGGGAUCCACAAGCACGCCAGUGGACCUUUGUGGCCAGUAUGUCCAUUGCUAGAAGCACAGUGGGAGUGGCAGCAUUAAAUGGCAAGCUAUAUGCUGUAGGAGGGAGAGAUGGAAGUGCUUGCCUCAAAUCUAUAGAGUGCUAUGACCCCCAUACCAACAAAUGGAGUAUGUGUACUCCAAUGUCCAAAAGAAGAGGAGGUGUGGGUGUAGCAACAUGUGACGGUUUCCUUUAUGCGGUUGGAGGCCAUGAUGCCCCUGCUUCGAACCACUGUUCUCGACUUUCAGACUGUGUAGAGAGAUAUGAUCCAAAGACUGAUACCUGGACAACAAUAGCAUCAGUGAGUGUCCCCCGAGAUGCUGUUGGAGUCUGUCUCCUAGGAGACAAACUGUAUGCAGUCGGUGGAUAUGAUGGACAAACCUAUCUAAACACUAUGGAAUCAUAUGAUCCACAGACUAAUGAAUGGACACAGGUACGUAAUGAAUAA